AUGCUCACGCGCCCAGCUCUCCGUGCCGUCCCUCGGCGCGUCCUGUCCGCCAAUCGCGGCAUGGUUACGUAUGAAUUCAAGGACAAGACGCCGAUGCCGAUCCGCACAAACGUCCGCGGCUCUGCGCUGCUCAAUACGCCCAGUCUCAACAAGGGCGCGGGCUUCUCGCGCGAGGAGCGCAGCAUCUUCGGGCUUGAGGGGCUCCUCCCAUACGACGUGCAUUCGCUCGAGAAGCAAUGCGACCGCGCGUACAACCAGCUCAAGCGGCAGCCGACACCGUUGCUGCAGCACGUGUUCCUCGCCUCAAUGAGAGACCAGAACCAGAUCCUGUUCUACCGCCUGUUGCAGGACCACUUGAGGGAGCUACUUGGCAUCAUCUACACGCCCGUUGCAGGCGAAGCCGUCCAGCAGUACUCGAGCCUCUUUCGCCGCCCCAUUGGAUGCUUCCUCUCCUUCCCUAACCGCGACGGGAUGCGAGCGCAGCUCGAGGCUCAUCUACAGAGUAUCAACAUUGUGGCAGACGUAGCGCGCCACGACGAGACGACGGCCGAGAGUAUCGACCUUGUCGUCGUUACUGACGGCGAAGAUCAGGGUGUGGGCGGAAUCACGAUCAGUACCUCCAAGGCGUCCCUGUACACCAUCGGCGCCGGUAUUAACCCGAACCGCAUCCUCCCCGUCGUCCUGGACGUCGGGACUAACAACCCCAUCCUCUUCUCGAGCGAUCUGUACAUGGGCUGGAAGCGGACGCGUAUCCGUGGCAAGAACUACGAUGACUUUGUCGAAUCGUUCAUCAAGAACUUUGAGGAUUUUGGGCUCACCAACGCCUACCGGCUCAUGGAGAAGUACCGCAGCAAGUUCCCAAUGUUCAAUGACGACAUCCAAGGGACAGGCGCCGUCACCCUGGCUGCAAUCGUUGCUGCACUCAAGGUCAACAAAGGCGGCUCGCUGAAGGACCAGCGUAUCGUCAUCUACGGUGCCGGCUCUGCUGGCAUGGGUGUCGCAGACGCCAUCAGGGAAGGCAUGGAGGUCGAGGACGGACUGAGCCACGAAGAGGCCAGCCGUCGCUUCUGGGCCGUCGACCGGAACGGCCUCCUGAUCGAGAGUAUGGCUCCUACACUCCGGCCCAACCAGGUGCCAUAUGCGCGGCCUGACAGCGAGGUUAAGGAGUGGGCGCUGGAGAACCCUGAGUUGCCCGACACGGCGCAGCUGCUUGAUGUCAUUCGGAACGUCAAGCCGACAAUCUUGAUCGGGACCUCUACCGCGACUGGAGCUUUCAACGAGGAAGUCGUCCGCGAGAUGGCCAAACAUGUCGAGCGACCCAUUAUCAUGCCCCUCAGCAACCCCACACCUCUCUGCGAAGUGGACCCGCAGGACGCAAUUACCUGGACCAACGGCAAGGCCCUCGUCGCCACCGGCUCACCUUUCUCCCCUGUCAUGACGCCAGACGGACGUGAAUAUCACGUUGCACAAACCAAUAACGCUUUGGGUGCGAUUCUUGCUCGCUCGAAGACGAUCUCACCCAACAUGUUGAAGGCGGGUGUCGACGGCCUUUCCGAACUUUCACCCGCCCUUCAAGACCCAUCGCAGGCACUCCUGCCUCCUCUGGACAAUCUGCGCGCCGUCAGCGUGCACGUUACGGCUGCUGUUAUCCGCGCCGCGGUGAAGGAGGGCAACGCCACGAACGAGACGGUGAUCAAGAUCGCUCGCGACCAGGGCGACAUGAGCCUCUCUGACUACAUCAAGGCUCGCAUGUGGGACCCAGUGUACCGCCCGCUCGAGCUUGUGGACUAA